AUGCAUGCACAUAAAAGAAGAUGUGGUAGAUUCACCAAUAUCAGUGCUAGGUGGCCAGUAUCAGCACAUGAUUCUCACGUUUUCAGAACCUCAGCCAUAGGACAACAUCUUGAGAAUGGAUAUCAAGGAAUUGGACAAGGUGUAUUGUUAGGCGACAGUGGCUAUCCCUGCAGACAGUUUUUGCUGACACCAUACAGACAACCUGCUGCUGGUAGAGGUCAAGCAAGGUUUAACAGAAGACAUUGCUCAACAAGGUCAACAAUAGAGAGGACAUUUGGAAUAUGGAAGAAGCGUUUUCACAUUCUAGGAUCAGAGAUCCGAAUGAAACCGGAUAAAACUUGCCAAAUUAUCAUUGCUUGUGGUAUUCUGCACAAUAUUGCCAUCAUGAGGAAUGAACCUGAAGUUGCAGAAGAACAAUUGAUUGACAAUCAACCUCAGAUGCCACCCUAUAAUGGUCCACAGGACGGAAAAGGCAUACGGGACCAUUUUGCUACCACUUUGUUUGCCUAAUAAAUUGCAUGUUUUUAUUUUUC